AAUUUUAACUGGUGCCUCAACACGCGGGCAGUUGAUUUCUAUUGAAGCUGUUUGCUGUACGUAGUAUGUUUGUGCUUCUCACUAUGUAUUCAUGGAAUAAUUGAUGUAUCAAAUUAUACACAUAUCACUCUUCUAAUCACUAGUGCUGAAUUGUAACAUUAUUGAGAAUGAGUGUGCAAAAACAUGAGAAAGUUCAACUAACAGUAUACGAAGCAGAUGUAGUUAAAUUAAUUUUGGAAUUUUUGGAAAAACGUGAUCUAGCCAUCUCUAUGUUAGCCCUAGAACGAGAAACUGGACAAGUAAAUGGACCGUUCAAUGAAGAUAUACUAUUCUUUCGUCAAUUAAUUUUGGAAGGUCAUUGGGACGAUGCACUUGACUAUUUGGAACCAUUACGAGGUCCACCUGUUGCGUUAGAUCUUAGGAAGCCCCGAUUUUUAUUAUUAAAACAUAAGUAUCUAGAAUUAUUGUGUCUACGUGAUGUAACUAACUUGGAUGGGAAUAAUUCAGCUAAUGGGACUACCGGUGUUAAUGUUAACGAAAAUAAUAUAGAUCAUGGUGUUGAACAGGUUAUUGAUUGUUUGAAACAGUUAGAACCUGAAUGUGAAAAUCAGGCAGAAUAUCGUGAUUUAACUCUUUUGUUAACUUUAACACGAUUAGACCAACAUCCGGAUUAUCGCUAUUGGAAUCCAAGUUUAGGCCGUUUACAAUGCUUUAAUCAGGUUAGUUUUAAUAAUAUUGAUAAAUAAUUAUAUUAAAUCUCUCUUCGCCCACCCCUCCUUCACUCAUCUCCUGCUACCUUCAGCAUUAUUUUCAGUUUGUGUAAAUAAAAGCUGGCGGAUAGUUAAGAUUUAUGCUCAAACAGUAAUAAAAUAGCAUAGUUGACGUUGUUUGUUUUCUACUUCUCAGUAACAACCACUUUUCUAUGCAUGUUGUUUAGCAUGUAGUUAGAAAAAACUUGUUUCUAUGCCCUUUUUAUGUCACAUUUUGGCUUGAAUGGCUAGUUAGAAAGAUUGCUUAUCAAUUCAUUUCAAUGUAAUAUGAGACAUCAGCAUGUUUAUAACUGCUAGUCUAAUGAUUGUUAUGGGAUAAAAAAAUGAUGCUGAAUAUUUAUUAAAUAUUUAGAAAUACGUGUUCAACCAUUAAAAAAAAUCACACUAGUUAAUGCUCUCUACGUAAAACUGCUGAAGAAGGCAGCGGGAAAUAGGCGAAAUACAAUGGUUGACUGAGUAGUAAUUAUCGUUAUGUAGACUAUGUGUAACAACAGUCAACCAGCGGUAUCCAUCAAAAUAUACUAGGAGUGAUGUAUGGUAGCAUCAGUACUUUCAAGGAUAUCAGCUUCUCCUUGACGAGUGUUUCAGAUGAAUCUAUCCUACUGUGAAAUUAUUUCACAUGUAAUAACACUUUCGUAUAAUUCACUUUGGGUCAAGCAAUAACUACAAAUGUAAAAACACAAAUUAACAGGGAUUAUUUAGUUGUAGUGAUUUCACCUAACUCUUAACCGUUCAUUUUAUAGGUAUCAUUACCAAGGUUUGACUCGAUAAUUUCGAAUAAAUUGAGCAUUGGGUAGAUUGUUAUAAAUUAAUGAUAUAUUUGUAAUAUCCCAAUGAGUAGAAAAAUGAGAUUUUCUGAUGUUUUGUGACUUAGUGUAAGUCACUUCUUGGUUAUUUAUUCUCUGCUCGCACAUGGUUCGGUCGAUAGUUCGCUGCUCUCUGAUUGGCGGUAUCGUUGUGUUAUACAAUAAACUGGGCACACAGGUUCACAAGUUAUAACAGGUGGUAACCUCGGCUAGGUGAAUGAUUCGCCUACUCACAAUCUAUUGUCUACAUUUGCAUUUCUCAUUUUCAAGUGGCCUUGAGAUAGCCUGUGUUCUAUUUGGAAUCUUCUGGUCUAUCAAUGAUAUUUUGUGUAAGCUUUUUCACUUUGUGUAUGUGGAGUAACAUUUUUUAUAGCUUCUAUCAUUUCUGUUUUGUUUGGGUAGCUCGCAAUAGUAUCUUUCAUCUUUAAAUAAAUAUCAGGUUCGAAACUUUUUCGACUUCGUCCUUUAUUACUAAGUUAUAUUAGGCGAAAGCAAAGAUUCUAUAACAUCAAAAUAAUAGCUAAAAUAAUUGAGUACUUACUUACGCCUGUUUCCCCUCAUGGAGCAUAGGCCACCAGGAUUCUCCAACCAACUCUGUCCUGGACUAUCUUUUCCAGUUAUUACCAAAUGGUAUUCGUUUUUUAAAAUAUCUACCUCCAAUUUCCGACACAAUUUAUUCUCUAGUCUCCGACUUUUCCUCCUGCAUUGAGUAUUCUAAGAUCACAGAGCUAAUGAAAUAGCUAAGAAUAACGUCAUUUGAGAUUAUUCAGUGUGCAAGUAAAAUCAUAGAUUUGAAAGUAUUAAAAAUGAUGUUGUAAAAUUAGGGACAAUGCAUAAAGCGAGUUACCAGUGUUCUUUUUCUAGUACAUAAAUCUGUGUGUUGAGACAUUUAAUGUCUAAUUUUAAAUUUUUUUAAAAGACUAGUGGGUUUCCUUUCUAUUGUUUUUUGUUUCUUUUAUUAUUUCGCUUUUUCUUUGAAAACAUUUCAAUUUAGAUCUAUCCGCUCUUGCAACCAUUUAUUCAACUUAGUAAACAUUCAUCUAGUGGCCAGGCAUCAACUGAUGAAAAUGCUCGUGGUGACCGACUUUUACGAUUACUUGUUAAAGGUUUACUAUACGAAGCCUGUGUAGAUUACUGUGCUCUUAUGGCAACAGAACGGAAAGCUCAAAUGCAGAUAACUGGAAUGCUUGGAGGUUUGUGUAUUUGUUGACAAAAUAGUUUGUUUGGUCAUCAGUAAAUGAUCACUAGUGGUAUUAUAUGACAACAAAUAAAUUGAAGUUGAAAGUAUAUCACUGGAUGCCAUUCCAUAGGCUCUGAUGGUUAGACGUUCUUCACGAGAACUGAAGAUCCUGGGUUCAAUCCUUAGUAGAGUUGUAGAUUCACACUGCUUGUGAGUUCCAUACUACAGUGAAGCAGCUGUCUGGUAGUCCCUGGUUUUCAAUGAUACUGUAAAUGUGAUCAACUUGUGACGAAUAAUAUCUACAAAUUGAACCAAUCUCCACAAAACCCCUUUACUUAAAUUUCCAAUAAGUGUAGUGAUGAAUGCGGAGCUUUAUAUUUUGCGUUUAGUAUUGGUCUUUCAACUAGCGUUUCUCCAGCUCUAACUCUACUGUCUUUGGUUUGAGCAUCUGUACCUCAUAUAUGGGUAUUUGUUAGGUAAAAUAUUAAUUUUUCAUUCAACAACUAUUUUUAUUCCAGCUGAAGAAGAUCCAAUUCAAAUGUAUUCAAAAACAUUUUAGAAUAAUAUUCUAUUGUCAAAAGAUACCUACUCAACAGUAGAUAUCCACAUUAACUUAUCGAUGAAUAUAAAAAUAACCAUAUUGAAAAAUAUAUUCUGUUUAUGUGCACAUUGGUUUCAAAAGUAGUGAGGAUUUUGUUUAUUUUAUUUUUGAUGACAAAUGAUGUCCAACACAAUUAGAUUAUAUGCACUCAUAAACCAAAAAAUCUCUUCUUUUAACCUUGUCCUAGUGACAACAAAUAGUACUCGAUAUAAAUGCAGCUAGGUUGACAUUUUAAUAUCUUCAUAAACAAUAUAAGCUACUUCUUAAGUGUAAGAAUCAUUGUUGAAUCAUGAUAUUAAAUAUUGUAGCUAUCGUGGAUCAUAUGUCACUGGAACCUAUAUGAUCUUAUUAAAAGUGAUUAUCCUUAGAUAUCAGCGACAUAAUGUAGAGUCUUAUCAGACAUACUCAGAAUGAUCAGCUUUCACGCGUUCAUCUGUUAGUCAACAUGUGCAUCAGAUAAUUAGACCUUGAUUUUCUAGGCUUGUGAAUUAUCUACAAAAUUAUAAUCUUACUGUCAUUUACUCUUUAAAUAGAUUUGAAUCACGUUUGUGUCGAAUUCUUUAUGUAUAAGUGUAUACAAGGAGACUUUGUUUAUAACGCCUAUUAUAUCAAUAAACUCGGAUUUAAUGAGUAGUCGUCACUAGACUACACAAAUCAUCCCAAGUUAUGCAAUCCAGCGCGAUCCGAACUACUCAUAGAUUAUUCCUUUGUUUUGACUCAAACAUAAGACCGAACUGCUCACAGCACAAUGUUAUACACUAGUCGUUUCAUGACUCGAUUAGCUCCAUAAUAGUACCUAAGGACAUCCGGUUUAACAGCUAGAUGAAUCGACCGUGGAAUAAAUGUUAUACUAAAAACGACCUGUCUACCUGUUAAACUAGUCACUAUCUAUUGAAGAGGCUCUAUGUGACAAAUCCAAUAACUCAUUUUUUAUGUCAUUACCAAGUGUACAAACUAAAGUACCUAUCUUAAAACUAAAAUUUAUUGUUCAUCCCAAAACAUCUAGAACUCAAAAGUGCAUAAAUCUUCGACGGAUGCAUUUGUUAAUCGCUUAUUUAAUUGCAGGGCAUCAUUUCAAAGUCUUAAAAUUCCUAGUAUAACCAAGUUGAUUCAAAUUUGCUCGUUCUUUUAUUAGGUCGUAACUGUUGAACAACUAACGUCUAAC